CGGCGAGUAGCCGAAGAGCUGCAGUUCCGCGACGCCAAUCCAAAGAGGGACCAAAAAUUAGAUAGCUUAAUUUAGCCCGUUUCAGUGUAACCUCAGUGCGAUCUAGAAUUAUCGCGUGACAAGGAAACGCGAACCGGCAAUAUGAUCACGGCUGGUAUCGUCACGUUGCUGGGCGCGAUCGCGCUGACACACGCGGCGUUCAAUUGCCCCAGCAAGGACGGCCAAUAUGAAGAUAGCAGGCAAUGCGACAAGUACUACGACUGCAACGAUGGCAUUGCGACGGAAAAAUUGUGCCCGGACGGUCUCGUGUUCGAUCCGCUGAAUCGUAAGGUCAACAAGUGUGACCACGUCUUCAACGUCGAUUGCGGCGACCGUCUCGAAUUACAACCUCCGCAACCGACGAAGAAGUGUCCACGACGAAACGGCUUUUUCGCGCAUCCUGAUCCAUCGGUGUGCAACGUCUUCUACAACUGCAUCGACGGAGAAGCGAUUGAGAUCACCUGUACCACCGGAUUGCACUUCGACGAGUAUAGCGGAACAUGUGUGUGGCCUGAUAGCGCAGGUCGUGAGGGCUGUGGAAUCAUGGGUAAGAAACUAAAGGAUGGCUUUGAGUGUCCGACCGAGAGUCAAGUGGACAGCAGAGGCAUGUUGGUCGAUCACCCCAAGUUCGCGCACCCUGAAGACUGCCAGAAAUUCUACGUAUGUCUGAACGGCGUGACGCCACGCGAACAAGGUUGCAGCGAUGGUACCGUCUACAAUGAAGAGCAACAGAGGUGCGAUGCACCCGAAAAUGUCCCUGGAUGCGAGGACUGGUACAAGGACGACGACAAGAAGCCGUAAGGAAGUCGUUGACGUUCAUCUGUCCCGCAUCGGGACGCCCUCACAUUUACUCUAAUCACGUGUCACUCACUUCGCUCAGCGUGUAAUCCCAUGUGUGUGUUUAGCCAUUUGAAUGCCUUGGAAUACAUUUUAUUUUUACUUUA